CCUAUAGAAACUUGCGAUGCCAUCUUGGAUUGCUUACCUCCUCGAGAUAUUUUUGCAUUGGGAAAAUGUUCUAAAACCGCGCGGUUUAAUGUUACGCAUUACAAACAGUGUGUGUUUAGCAUUCAAUAUGCGUACCGCAAUUUCUUCAGCGUCGAUGAAAUUGCAGAAUUUCAAAAGAUACAGAGUUCAAUUGCUCUUCUUGUUUCUGGCUCAACGGUGCUCGGAUUUUUUAACAGAGAGGUUUACAACGGUGAUCUUGACAUGUAUUGUCACUAUGGUCUCUGUAAACCUGUGGUGGAGUGGCUUAUAGGUCGCGGUUAUUUGUUUAAGCCUGUUGAAGGACAAGUAUCCGACUUCGACAAUGCAUUUUCCGAGGUUUACAACAAGGAACGUACAACUACAGAAGUCGUCGUUGUACCCAACGAUUCAGACAUUCGGGAUUAUACAUUUGAUACGAUCGCCGCAGUGUGGAACUUUAUUCGCGGUUCAUCCAAAAUUCAGUUAAUUGCUACCCGCGGUUCACCAUUGGAAACUAUAUUUUCUUUCCAUUCAACUUGUGUUAUGAAUAUCUUCACACAUCGCGCUGCAUAUUGUUUAUUUCCUAAGCUCACAUUGGAGGAUAAAACAACGAUGCUUAUCGACCUCCAGGCUCCGUUGAAUAUGCGCGAUAUGUGUCCGAUUCGUAAAUAUCAGGACCGAGGAUUCAGCGUGGUACACCGGCCAACGUUUGAGCAAGCUUGUGAUCCGUCUUCAUCUAUCUCAUUUUUAGCUUUGAGAUAUGUUGGUGAUGCUCAUUGUUGUCGUAUACCAUUCCAGGAUCUCGGUGGCAACUUGUCUUCUGUUGAUAUCAUAGAAUCAAAUAGUUGGGACAUGGCUUACACCCGGAAACACAACACCGUUGAUUUCUGCUCUCUGAGUGUUCCUGGUGCAAUUGUGGAUUAUGUUAUU